AACAGGUGCGUGUUAUAUCUAUGUGGGAACGCAUACCACAUAGGCAUCUACACAACACACACACUGUACUAGAACGUGCACAGAUUCAACAGCACUUUGCACAAUAGCCAGAAGAACAGGAUUUAGCUUGACAAUGAUGGAAGAAGAUGAAUUUGGAGCACGUCGGCCAAGGUCGAGGAACUGGAACACUGCCGAGAAGUUCUUCCUCUUUGAACAUGUCAAGAAUCGUUUUGACAUUAUCACCGACCCUAGGAAAGAAACCGCCUCCAUCAACGCUAAGAGAAGGGUCUGGGAGCAGAUAUAUCAAGCUAUAGCUAAAGAGUUCGGUCCUCUUGAAGAGCACCUCGUGAGAGGAAAAGGUGGUGAGAAAUGCCGCACCCAGUGGAAGAACUUGGUGCAAGCAGCCAGGAAGGAAUACAAGCAGUACAUGGAAGCCAAGAUGGUCGGCAAACGCCACAACAUGACGCUCCUCUCCCGUAAGAUCUGUCGACUGAUGUCCAUCGAUCUGGACGAUGGGCUGGGUGACCAGGACAACGAGGACAAUGACUGGACAGAGGACCACCCAGAGUUCCGAUACCAGCCUGAACUGUGCCAGGAACUCAAGGAGACCGCCAGGAGGAUCAAUGAAGAAUAUCAGCAAGGGGUUUAUGAUACGACCCUAGCAAUGGAUGACAGCCUUGGUGACUAUGAAGAGGAAGGAAGCUUUGAAGGAACAAUGAGAAGCGAUUCCGAUGUGGAAUUGCCCGAUGACGAAAAGGAUGAAGAUUAUGCACCAUCAGCAAAGAAGACUCCACGGAAACGCCGCAGGGCAUCAUCUGGAAGAAGUUCUGGCAAGACACCUACCAGAGUAUCUGCCAGAGCUCAGGCUGCCCAAGUCAAGAAACAAGAUGAGGAGAAGAAGGCUAGAAAGCGUAAAGCAGCACAGCAGCAAGAGUCAGUGUACCAAUCCUAUGAUUUUCAAGGAGCGGGCGGAAGCGCCAUGAGCGAGCACGUCCAGCAGGAAAUCCUGAAUCUCCACGUUGUUGAGCAUAAGAAGAGGAUGAAUCUGCUCAAUACAGAGCACAAGACAAAGAUGCAGAAUUUGAAAAUGGAAAAGGAUGUCAUGGCUCUCCAGAAGGAAUACUGGGUCAAGAAGAUAGAGAUGUUGUACGACUCCAGGAGUGGUAAAGGAAGGGUUAUCGAUGACGAGGGUGACGAAGAUGAGGAUGAGGGACCAGAGGAUGAUGACGAUGAUGAAGAUGAUGAUGAUGAUGAUGGUGGCGGACACGAGAUGGAUACCGCUGAACCUGGUCCUAGUGGGAUCUCCGCUCCUACUUCUGUAGUGGUUCCUCCUCCUCCCCAAGCAGAUGUCCCUGAGCACCAGGCUCCUGAGAGUGUUGCCCCACCACCCCCUUCAGAAGCCACCCCUCCUGCACCUUCCAUCAAUGCUUCUACAGCCCACCAGGAUGUCUCAUCACAUAUGAACCAGGAAAACAUCCAAGAUAGAUCUACCAAUGGUGCUAUGGAGGCAGUUCUCCCAAGGCCGAGCCCUCCUGAAGGCUACCCUGGUGCUCCCAACCAAGAUAUGGUCACUCCUAACCAGCAGCCUCAGUAAUCAUCACAAUCAUCUCAUCAGCAUCUUCACGUUCAUGUAUCUAGUCCUUUUCCUCACUCUUUUUCUUCAUCUUCCUUUCUCAAUUGUUCAAGUAUCAUGUCAUCGUAGAUUAAAGGCAUGUUUCAAAUGCAACUCCAAAUUUUGCACUGAUUAAGGAUUACUUAUUAAUUUGAGCUUCCGUCAAAAUAUUUUGUACCAGGUAUCUAUGCUUAUUGUGUGUUAUAUUGUCAAGCUAAAAAUAUUAUGUUUGCUGCCAAAUGAUUAAGGAUUUCAAAGAAAUUGAAAUGGAAGAGGUGGAAAGAGUGUAUAAAUUUGUGACACAGUUAAUAGAGAAAUGUAGCAAUUCUAUCAAUUUUCAUGUUUGCUGUCAUUUUGCAAAAAUAUUCUGUAUGUAUGAUUCUAAUACAGCUUACAUCUGCUAAGAACAAAAACAGAACUCAACAUUAACAGGCACCUAGAAAACAUUGGUGCAUCCCCAACAAAAAGUUAUUAUGGAGCCACAGAGCGGAGAGAUACACAGAACACUAGUCAACACUGCACCCUUGUUCAUUAAAGUAAUUGGUUGUUGUUCUAUAGAGUCAAUAGGGACUUUUAGAUUCGCACAAAGACAACGUGGAUUGCUAAGGUCGAUGUCCUUUUAAUGCACUGCCUUGAAUGGACGUCACACGUAUCAGUCCACGCAAAUCUAAAAGUCCCUAAUGCAAAGGAACUUGAGCUUCAAAGCAGUUGGUUGUCAAAUGUCGAUAUGAAUUUCAAAAAUUACUCAAGGGGAAGGGGAGGACCUGAUGGGGCAGGGGGGGGGGGGCCUGUAACAUAAUAUAAGCACAAUAUAAUUUGAUGAUGCUUGGUUGAUUAUGGUAUACACUUAAGAUCCCUUUUUUGUUGGUAGCUUGGAAUACUUGAUUUUGUGACAAGUAUUUUUUCUUAAUUUUCACUAACCAAUCCAUCUAGAUCCUACAUGUGAUGCCAUGAAUAUGAUAUUUAAUGUGAAAUAUUGAUAGCGUGAAUGGUGUAAGUGGUGUACUUGUAGCCAACAUAUGUAUUUGAGUCUCACAUAAUGUAAAUUAAACAUAAUCAUAUCAAAUCAGCUGCCAACCCCUUGUUUUGACCGUAGUUAACAAGAAGUAUUAAUAUUCAACUCUAAUGUUUACAAUCAUUAUACUCAUACAUAAAAUGUGGACUUCAAUGUACAGUCAACCUCGCACAAUUCAACCUCGCACAAUUCAACAUCACAUGUGUCAAAUAACCUCAUAGGUUAAUGAAAUGAAAAAAAGUACAUUUAGUACAUAUGCGUAAGUCAUAUUUCUACAACUUACGGAUAAGCCGAAGAUUACGUAAGUCAACAGAUUUAACUCUGUCCCGUCAAGGUGACUUACUUACGCGAGGUUGACUUAACUCAAGAUAGAUGCAUAAGGAUGACAGUUAUAUUGCCUAGGUAAACACUGAACAUGUAUUACAUACUUGCAAACCUUAUAAGUAUUAUUCUCCAAAACAUUUUGUAGUUCAUUUUAGUGUUUGUUUACAUUUUUGUGCCAAUAAACUUGCUUUCUUUUCUAAA